AAGUGCAGUCUACUGUACAUUAUUUUCUUGAAUGAAAACUUGAAGAGCUGCACUGCCUGAUUAUUUUUCUUCGAUCCCUCUCAGCACUGGAGCACAAAAUACUUCUAACUACUACUAGUAGAUCUACGUACCUGCAACUGCAAGCAGCCGACCCAUUCGAGUAUCGAGAUCCGCGCGGAGCAAGCUGGGGUGGGGUGUCUUUGGCCGUCACGAAAAGAAUAGUAUUUUAGCAGCUAUCGUUCAGCAGUUUUAGCGAAAGGUUGUCUCUUUAUUGCAGUUUGCUGGUUGAGCUCUAGCUUAGAAGUUAUUAGAUCGGAUUGGGGCCAUGGCUGCAGAGCGAUCCGUCAAGUCUCCAAUAUGGCUUGUGCUCCUGUUCCAUUCGUUCGUGACCGGCGUGUACGUGUUUAUGCGCGUCGAGGAAUACCAGCGACUCAGUGCUUUGGCCGCGCAGAAUAAGAUAUUUCCUGGAUACGAUAGGAUGGGAGAGCGGUACAAGUAUCUCACACAAAUCAAUAUGUACAUCCAAUUAGGCUUCUUUGCCAUGGCAACCAUAGGAGACGUUGCGCAACUGUUGCGUGCCCCACGGGCUCUGGUCUGCGGCCUACAGAAGAUAGUCGAUGUAGUAUUUGCCACGCUAGCGUUUCCUUUGUCGGAGUUUAUCGUAUGCAUCUUCUGGCCUAUAUACAUCUACGAUCGUGAGCUGAUUUUCCCGACCAAACUCGAUGAGCACCUUCCGUUCUACGUCAACUACUUGGACCAUUUGUUCAUUGGCGUGUGGGUGAUGAUAGAGAUGCUGCUUGUCAGACACAAGUACCCCAGUGUGAAGGUUGGCAUGGCGGUGACGGCUGCGUUCGGCGCUACCUACACAUCAAUAGUAUUCUACAUCGCACACUACGGCGGGUUCUGGGUCUAUCCGUUCAUGACCGUCAUGUCACCGGUGGUCCGCGGCGUCUUCUUCGUCGCCAUGUUCUCGCUGGUGUUUGCCAUCUUCUACGCCGGCCGCAAGCUCAACGCACUGGUCUGGGGUAGUACUAGUAGUCCAGAUUCUGCCAGCACGAAGCAGAAGCAGAAGCAGUCGCUGAGACGCAAGAAGGUGCAUUAGGCCGUUCCCUCCCACAAGACUAGCUCGGCAAUCCUUAUCUCCGGCCACACCAUGCUGCUCGCUCACUCUUGGCUGUUGUCCCGUGUAUGAGCAACAGCGCAGUACGGUCCGCCACAUUACAAAGACGCAUGAAUUGACAUUAAAAAUACCAGACUGGCGGAGUAUUUCUUUCCUACAUCGGUAAAGCGCCUGCUGGCUCCCUAUGAAAAUGUUUUCAACUUUCUAGCAUCAUUCCGGUCUUGUUUCUACCCCCCCCCCCCCCCUGGCUUCAUGAGUAUUGGUAUUGGUGUUGAUCGUAAUGACAAAGGACACCAUGCUGUACUCGUCACUAAUGAAUCUUCCUCCCAUCAGAUGUUAGUUUUUUACCAGUAUAAUUAUUAUGAUUUAGUUCGGACGAGAGAGAAUCUGGAAUUUAGGAAGUACGAGUGACAUUUUUAUUGUCCGAGCCCAGUGA